CCCAGUCUGAGUAUAAAAUCCACAGAAGACUGCGAAUCCUCCAGACCUUCAGAAGACAGCAGUUGAGCGGAAUCUUCCACCUUGCUUUGUAAGAAGAACCAUCAUGUCUCAUCAUUCCACCGUCGCCUCUUCUGGAUACAAGCACUUCAGCUCUUGUUCUGUAGCUUUACCUAAACAUUCCAGUUCUCACAGCAUCUUAUCCAAUUCUUCUAAACACAUAGGACAUGGACACAAGUCUCAUCAUUGCUUUAGCAGCACAAGUGCACAUAAUAUUGGAUCAAAGGGACAUAAGAUCUCUGUAGGAGGUCACAAAAGUGGACAUGGAUCUGGAUUUGGAGGCAUUGGUGGUGGUUAUGGAGGACAAUUCGGUUGUGGUGGUAUUACCCCUGUUACCAUGAAUGAAGGUCUUCUUGCUCCUCUUAACCUGGAAAUUGACACUAGCAUCCAGAGAGUAAGAAAUGAAGAGAAGAACCAAAUUAAAGGCCUCAACAAUAAGUUUGCUUCAUUUAUUGACAAGGUGAGAUUUUUGGAGCAGCAGAAUAAGAUGCUAGAGACUAAAUGGGCUUUUCUACAAGAACAAAGAACAGCCCAGUACCAGAUUGAACCCUUGUUUGAAUCUUUUAUCAACAACCUAAGAAGCCAACUAGAGAACCUGGAAUGUGAGAGGGCUCGUCUAGAUGCAGAGAGAAACAACAUGGAAAGCACUGUUGAAGAUCUAAGAAGAAGCUAUGAAGAAGAGGUGAACAGGCGCACAGCGGCUGAAAAUCAGUCUGUUAGUAUAAAGAGAGAUGUCGAUGCUGCCUUCAUGAACAAAGCUGAACUUCAAGCCAGGGCUGACUCCCUCACUGAUGAAAUUAACUUCCUAAGAACUCUAUAUGAUGCGGAGAUCAGUCAGCUCCAGGCUCAGAUCUCAGACACUUCUGUAGUUGUAUCCAUGGACAAUAGCCGAGACCUGGACCUGAACAGCAUCAUCUCUGAAGUCAGAGCUCAAUAUGAGGAGAUUGCUAACAGAAGCAGAGCUGAGGCUGAGGCCAUGUACCAGUCACGGUUUAAUGAGCUCCGUAUGGCAGCUGGAAGAAAUGGAAAUGAUCUGCAAAACAGCAGAAAUGAGAUCAGUGGACUCAAUCAAACAAUCCAGAAACUUAAAGGAGAGAUUGAAUGUGCAAAAUCCCAGCGUGCUGCACUGGAAGAUGCCAUCAAUGAAGCUGAGGAUCGCGGUGAAGCUGCUGUUCGUGAUGCCAAGAGUAAACUGGCUGAACUGGAGGCUGCUCUACAGAAGACCAAACAGGACAUGGCUCGCCAACUGAGAGAAUAUCAGGAGCUGAUGAAUGUCAAACUGGCUCUGGAUAUUGAGAUUGCCACCUAUAAGAAGAUGCUGGAGGGAGAGGAAUGCAAGAUCGCUGGUGGCAGGUCUGUGAAUAUUUCUGUUCUACAUUCCAGCACUGGUGGAAAACACCAUUCAGGAGGUCACCAUGGUGGAAAACACCAUUCAGGAGGUCACCAUGGUGGACAUCAUCAUUCUUAUCCCCACCAAAAGGGAGGGCAUAAAUCCAGUAGCUGUGUCUAUAGCAAACAUCAGUCUGUCCACGGCCACCAUUGUUGAAGUGGUACGUUAGAUGCCUAACUCCAACAUGCAAUGGAUAUCAUGAUACUGUAUAUAUUAUGCCUUGUCACUAUGCUUGCAGUGAUUAGUCCAUUACAUACUGUAUUAAUCUAGUUGUUUCAUCUAGGUUUAUAGGAUGCAUUAUAAUCAUGACUACUUGUCUAUGCUGCCUUAAAUAAAUAAAUUGAGCUGAGUGCAAACUUCA